AUGGAGGAGGACGGUCUUCCCCAUGGCGAGCUGGUCGUGGUCGACAUGGAGCCAUCGCCCAAACCAGUGACGUGUGCAAUUUGCUUGGAUCUCAUCGCAGCUCCGUCAACCCGCCGUCCUGCGGACGCUGCUGGAGAGCAUGUCCCAACGCAGCCAAGCAGCUUUACUCUGUCGUGCAGCCACGAGUUUUGCUUCGACUGCAUCAAGACGUACGUCGCGAAGAAAGUCGACGAUCGCCAAGUUGAGGCAGAUCAACUGACUUGUCCGAUCGUGGAAUGCCAGACCCCUCUCACGGUCGAGAGCAUUCUCCACGUCACAACUGAAGCAACAUUUCUCAAGUACAUGCGAUUUGUGCAACUGAAUCAGUUUGAACGCAUGCCGCACGGGCGGUGGUGUCCCAGGCCAAAUUGCAACGCCAUGAUCGAUUGCGAUCCAACUCUGCCGACCUUUCAAUGCACGACUUGUCACACAAAAGGAUGCUUCAAGUGCGGCAGUGUCAGCCAUCCAUUUCGCACGUGCCACCAAGCGAUGGACGCGCACUAUCGAGCAUGGGAGGCGCGCCAACGAGCCACGAGCAACUACGUCCAGCCGUGUCCUGGCUGUGGAGUUCGGAUCUGGAAGAACGACGGGUGCAACCACAUGACGUGUACAAAGUGUCGCCACGAGUGGUGCUGGAUUUGUCGGUGGAGUUGGUCAAGUCACAGCAGGAAGGUCUGUCAAGCUGUGGCAUUGCUGGAUUCGCCUUAUUGGGGAACGGUGUGGCCCGUGCGAUUUCUGACCAAAACGAUUGCAGCGCCAGUCGUCGUGGCUGGGGGCGCCGUCGCGGGUGCCGUCCUCAUCGCAGGAUGUGUCUUGAUCGGGGUCCCGCGCUUGCUGUACGAGGGACUCAAGCGCACAGUCCGCCAACUCAAAUCGCGGCUUCGUCACCGCGACCGCACGAACAGGGCGGCCAUUGCCUUGUCGACGUUUUCGCAGCAACUCCAACACGGCGUACACGUGUACAUCUAUCAAGAUGACACCGAAGCCGCCGUCGACACGAAUGGAUGGCUGCGGGACCUCACGACGAGUGGCAGGUGGCGCCAGGGGAAUGACCAGUACGUGCAGUACGUGCAACCAGCGAGCGCCACGACUCCGUUUGUGUCGUACUUGAGCAACAACUUGACCCUGCUCCCGACUCUCGAACACACGCCGAAUGCCAUGACACUCCUCGUGUUGCACCGCACGAUGGAGCUGCCAUCCCAAGCGAUCCUGCGCUCCUUACUUCGUCCUGACGUGGCCAAGGUCGUUUUGGUCCUCGAUGCGCCGCCAGAGGAGAUCGAAGCGACGGUCGACGUCGCUCAAGUCGUGGCGACUUUGACGGAAUUGCAUCGCGACCCGUUGGUCCUGACCGUCCCAAACCAACACCCCACCGGUGCCUUCGACGCGACGUACCUGUCGGCCAUCUACGCGGCGCUCUACCGCCUCCACGCGGAAACCUGGUAACGUCCAACUAGUAAUCGAGCGAGUACGUGUUCCAUG